AUGGCGCGUCACACGCGCGCUCACCAAGACACCCUUCUCACACGACUGGAAGCAUGGGGGUACCCGUUGCCGUACCCGCCUAGAGACCAACGUUUCUCCCUUCUGCCCACGUUACCUCACUCUUUCCCCUUCCCCGCCCGCCUUUCCUCCCUCCUCGCUGCCAUCCGUGCUGCUGUGAAUCCUGGAGGCCUCCAGAGCGACCGAGCCGGUGCAGGGCUUCCACCUCGUCCGUUCCCUUUUCUGCCCCUCAUACCGCGCGCUUUUCCCUUUCCUCUUUCCCUUUUCUGCCCCUCAUACCGCGCGCUUUCCCCUUUCCUCUUUCCCUUUUCUGCCCCUCAUACCGCGCGCUUUCCCCUUUCCUCUUCCCCUUUUCUGCCCCUCAUACCGCGCGCUUUCCCCUUUCCUCUUUCCCUUUUCUGCCCCUCAUACCGCGCGCUUUUCCCUUUCCUCUUUCCCUUUUCUGCCCCUCAUACCGCGCGCUUUCCCCUUUCCUCUUUCCCUUUUCUGCCCCUCAUAACGCGCGCUUUCCCGUUUCCUCUUUCCCUUUUCUGUCCCUCAUACCGCACGCUUUCCCCUUUCCUCUUUCCCUUUUCUGCCCCCCCAUACCUCGUGCUUUCCCCUUUCCGUUUUCCCUUUUCUGCCCCUCAUACCGCGCGCCGCUUUCCCCUUUCCUCUUUCCCUUUUCUGCCCCUCAUACCACGCGCGCGCUUUUCCCUUUCCUCUUUCCCUUUUCUGCCCCUCAUGCCGCACGCUUUCCCCUUUCCUCUUUCCGUUUUCUGCCCCUCAUACUGCGCGCUUUCCCCUUUCCUCUUUCCCUUUUCUGCCCCUCAUACCGGGCGCUCGCUUUUCCCUUUCCUCUUUCCCUUUUCUACCCCUCAUACUGCGUGCUUUCCCCUUUCCUCUUUCCCUUUUCUGCCCCUCAUACCGCGCGCUUUCCCCUUUCCUCUUUCCCUUUUCUGCCCCUCAUACCGCGCGCUUUCCCCUUUCCUCUUUCCCUUUUCUGCCCCUCAUACCGCGCGCUUUCCCCUUUCCUCUUUCCGUUUUCUGCCCCUCAUACCGCGCGCUUUCCCGUUUCCUCUUUCCCUUUUCUGCCCCUCAUACCGCACGCUUUCCCCUUUCCUCUUUCCCUUUUCUGCCCCCCAUACCUCGCGCUUUCCCCUUUUCGUUUUCCCUUUUCUGCCCCUCAUACCGCGCGCCGCUUUCCCCUUUCCUCUUUCCCUUUUCUGCCCCUCAUACCGCGCGCUUUCCCCUUUCCUCUUUCCCUUUUCUGCCCCUCAUACUGCGCGCUUUCCCCUUUCCUCUUUCCCUUUUCUGCCCCUCAUACCGCGCGCUUUUCCCUUUCCUCUUUCCCUUCUCUGCCCCUCAUACCGCGCGCUUUCCCCUUUCCUCUUUCCCUUUUCUGCCCCUCAUACCGCGCGCUUUCCCGUUUCCUCUUUCCCUUUUCUGUCCCUCAUACCGCACGCUUUCCCCUUUCCUCUUUUCCUUCUCUGCCCGUCAUACCGCGCGCUUUUCCCUUUCCUCUUUCCCUUUUCUGCCCCUCAUACCGCGCGCUUUCCCCUUUCCUCUUUCCCUUUUCUGCCCCUCAUACCGCGCGCUUUCCCCUUUCCUCUUUCCCUUUUCUGCCCCUCAUACCGCGCGCUUUCCCCUUUCCUCUUUCCCUUUUCUGCCCCUCAUACUGCGCACUUUCCCCUUUCCUCUUUCCCUUUUCUGUCCCUCAUACCGCACGCUUUCCCCUUUCCGUUUUCCCUUUUCUGCCCCUCUUACCGCGCGCUUUCCCCUUUCCUCUUUCCCUUUUCUGCCCCUCACACUGCGUGCUUUCCCCUCUCCUCUUUCCCUUUUCUGCCUCUCAUACUGCGCGCUUUCCCCUUUCCUCUUUCCCUUUUCUGCCCCUCAUACCGCGCGCUUUCCUCCUUCCCCUCCCCUUUUUACCGAGCUGGAAGCCUCGAGCAUCUAAGUUGUGUCGGUAGUAGUCCCUCUCCUUCCGCUUCUGUGCCUUCCUUCUCUCCCUCUCUCUUCACCCCCUCCCACCCCUCCCACCCCCCACCACCUCCCACCCCUCCCACCCCUCCCACCCAUCCCUCCACCCCCACCACCUCCACCUCCCACUCCUCCCACCCCUCCCACCCCUCCCACCCCUCCCUCACCUCCCUGUGCCCAUCAGGAGCUGACCCCGCGCAGCGAGGUGAGGAGGGCACCGAGGCAGCGGGAGCUGCUGCUGCCACAACGCAAGUCAGCUCGCAUGGCGGCCAAGGGGGAACGACCAAGAUACGUUGA